AUAUUGCCGCGACGAAAAUUGCACACAUUUUUGUUAACGGGACAUUAGCACUAGCGUUGUGCCAUUAAAAAGACGGCCAUUUUUCCAAUUCGUUCAAAUCAUUGUGAGAUUUUUUGCUCUUGUUGCUAAAAUUUUAAUUAAACAACUUGCGCUACGAAUCCAUUUGAAAAUUGUAAGUUCGUGCGUGAACAUUUAUUUUAGAAAUAUAGUGAGGUGGUUUUUGAAUGCGCGAGAUAGUUUGUGUGGGUUUAUGAGAAAAUCAACGCAAAAACUUUGAAAAUAGCGAAUAUACAACAACUGGAAUAUCAGAACAAUAAUAAAGAUGAUGCGUUUAGCAUUUGUUGUGACAAUUUUAAUUGUACGUUGCUCGUGCAUUGUGCCAACGCAAUAUGGUGCAGUGCCAAUCAAGUAUCCGGAAGAACGAUCGACCGAACCGUGCGUUGAAUGGACCGGUGGCACAUUUGAAUGGCCAUGUUCGCAAACAAAAUCGUUGUACAAAAGCUCUGGCAAAUAUAUAAGUAAAAAUAUAAUUGCAACAAGAGCUCAAAUCAUUGGCGAUAAUGUAUAUGUAGCAUUGCCACGAUACAAAUCGGGUGUACCAGCCACAUUAGCGCGUACUGGAUUUAAAAAAGGUUCAUGUGCCGCCACACUAUCACCAUUUCCAUGUUGGAGUAUGCAAGAAGAAGGAAAUUGUCAAUCGUUGCAAUCGGUCGUCGAUAUUGUUGCUGAUCGUAAUAAUAUUUUAUGGGCAUUGGAUGUUGGUGUGGUUAAUACAUUGGAAACGCCAGUUCGUCGUUGUCCGCCAAAAGUACUUGCAAUCAGCACAAAAACGGGCAAAGUAUUGAAAACAAUUUCAUUAGAAAAAUUAGUUGCGCCCACAUCACGUCUACAGUACUUGGCCAUUGAUUAUAAAUCAGAAAAUCGUUGCUUUAUUUAUAUAAGCGAUGCUGCACAACGAUCAAUUCUUGUCUACGAUGUACAAGCAUCGCGUGGUUUUCGUAUCGUUCUACCGAAAGCAGUGACCAACGGUUGCCCGAAACGUGACGUUCUCUAUUUAGCACUCAUCAACCGUCUCAAUGGCACUUCAUCGCUUUAUUUCACUUAUUUAAGCUCAAAACAACUAUUUGUCAUCAAUACGGAGUACCUGCGAAGUGGCAACAUCCAAGGACGUAUCACUGAUGUGGGCAACAAACCAAACAAACAAGUUAUUAUUGGAACGGAUAAUGGUGCAGCUAUGUUCUUCCGCUACGAAGGACAAUCAGAAGUAUAUCGAUGGGAUACGAAUCAACAAUUUAAUGAAUCCAAUUUCAAAGUUGUUUAUCGCUGUCAAACAUGCCAACUGGCAACACACGCUCUUGCCGAUUAUAAUUACAGUCGAAUGCGUGUCCUCGAAAGUAACUUUCCCGAUUUCCUGCAAAAUACCGUCGGAUGUGGAGCCAUUCAACAGUUGAGCGUUAUGCAAGGAUGUUGGUAAAUCUCUGUGUCGAUUUACUUCCAUUCUAUCCUGAUCUGAUCUUUAUCCAAAAAAUUCGGAAACGUUUUUAUCGCUGUAAAUUUUUAGUUGUGAUAGAUUUUAAAAUGUUAUUUAUUUUAAAUACACGUAUUUAUAACAUCUUUUGACUUGAAA